GAGCUAAAGCCAAAAAUAUUAUUAUUCAAACUUAUGAAAGACAUAUCUCUAAAUUAAAUGAUACUUAUGAUCUAUUACAAUAUUCUUUGCUAUUUCCUUAUAGUGAAUAUGAAUGGCAUGAUAAUAUUUUAAGAGCAAAUAUAAUUGAAUCUAUACCUGAAUCUGAAUUUGUAAUUGAAGAUAGAAUACAAAUUGAAGAAUAA